AUGCCUAAGAGCCGGUAUGGCGUUUCUAGUGGAGAGCCAAAGCAAUAUCUAGGCCAAUUGCGCCAGAUGUUGGCAUCCGCCUCGUCGGACCGCGACGAGACAUGGGAUCUGACAACGUUUCCAGAGAUCCAGGGGACUGACUACCAAUUACACGUGUCGCCUAACGCGUCUAGUGGCGAAGAGGAGGCCACAGAAGUAAGCGGCGAUCAAGACGAAUCAGACUCACCUCGUCAAUGCGCCGUGGAAACGGAAUCCGUCGAAGACCGCGAUCCAGAGUCGACGCAGGAUGCUACGUUUCCGCCUAAAGACGAGGUGGCGUAUACGCUGAUUGAAGACUUGGAUGAGCGAGUGCAAGAAAUUGAGGAGCAGUUCAAGAAGCAAGCGACGUUCAAUGACGGCGUGCAGCGCACUAUGCGAACCGUCCCGCACGAAAUCCACGCGCUACAAACCGAUAUCCGUGCAUUGAAGGCUAAAAAUGACAAAUUAGAAGGCCUCCUGAAUCAGGUCUGCAAGAAAGAAGGCAUCCUAGCCACUCAACCAAAGGCGGUACGUACUAAGCGCUCAGCCACGUAG